GUGUAAACGAGUAAAAAAAAUAUAUCAAUUGGAGAGGCAACUAUGUCUAAUGCAAUAUGUAUACUUAUGUACUGUCUGAUCAUGUGAACCUAUUUGUGUACUUGUUAGUCUAAGAUAUCUAUCAAACUAGUGGUGAGGCCCGUUUGUUCCCUGAAACAAAUAUUUUUAUAUGAGUGGACAUUUUUUCAAAGCAGCUGCAAUGACAGCCAGUUGAUGUCCUGUGUCGCGCCGCGUCAAAAUCCACUUCGGGAUUUCCGCAAGCUCCAAAAAUCUAUGAAACGUGUUUGCAUGUUCCUCUCGGCGAGUGGGGUUGGAGAGGUGGGAUCGCGAGGACGGGAGAAGGCUGGCUGGCUGGGGGGAACCCACGCGUCCGAGCCCCACGGAAAGUCCGCCUAUGCCGAACAACUGACGGUGAAUGUUGUUUUCUUUCUCUCGUCGUUUGUUCCGAGCACACGGACACGCCGCUGUAGGCUACUUGUGGAAGGAGGAGGAGGGGGGGGGGAUAAGCUUGUCUUUCCUUCCCGCUUUGGGGUGUUUUUUUUUGGUCACCAUUGCGCACGACAAGGCGGAGAAACGGAACGCUCGGACUGUGGGAGCCCCCUCACCCCUCCUCUGCUCGGAUCUGCUCUGGUUCCAGGUGGCCCAUGGAAGAACGUGGAUGAGGGCUUAGUUGUAGCCUGUCUGUUGGCUGAUUAGUCCAUCAAAGAGUGGCACCACUUUCGCCAGGGCACAGAACGGACCAACAAAAGUUUCUCCUCGCUCACCCUUUACACCCACGCCCCCAACCCAGGCGGCACAUACGCUCUGGACCAUGUCUAGCAGGCUGUCCCAGGGUGGCCGGACUGAGGACCUGGAGCGGAGUAGCUGCAAACAGGACUCUCCUGUUAUAGAACGUAGGAACCGCAGUGGCAUCAUCAGCGCACCCUUAAACAGGAGCCUUAAGAACUCUCGCACACUCUCGCAGUACACAGCGGUCUCGUCUGCUACCACCAAUGGACACAAAGACAAUCGUGAGACAAAGAGCCACACGGCCAAGCCUCAACCACCUCCACUGCCCCAGCCCACUGUCUCUGCACUGGCAGCGGCCAAGUUGGACCGGACCUUAGAACAGGUUCUGGAGGGACAGAAUGGCUUGCUGCACUUUGCCCAAGCAGCCGCAUUAUUAAAGCGGGCCGGUAUGGAGCACAUGCUUCUGCCUGGGGGCAUGGGAGUGGGAGUUGGCGGAGCAGAUGCAGGCUCGGGGGCUAGCGACUUGGAGGGUACGUCUGUCACGGACGCCGUAGGUGGUCCUGUUGACUUCCCAUAUGGAGUAGGGGGUGGCUUCCCGUUCAACCCAGGCCUUUUCAUCAUGACGCCGGCUGGAGUGUUUUUAGCGGACAGCGCGCUGCACAUGGCCGGCCUGACCGAGUACCCGGCACAGAACGAGCUGGCCUCUGCCAUCAACUCCGGUAAAAAGAAGCGAAAACGUUGUGGCAUGUGCCCACCUUGUCGGCGACGGAUUAACUGUGAGCAGUGUAGCAGCUGCCGGAAUCGCAAGACGGGGCAUCAGAUCUGCAAGUUUCGAAAAUGUGAGGAACUGAAGAAGAAGCCCUCUGCUGCUUUGGAGAAGGUGAUGCUUCCUACAGGAGCGGCGUUCCGGUGGUUCCAGUAGAACUUAUCCUACAAGUGCAAUGCCAACUCUUGGGUUGUCUCUGGAAAACAGACACUGGCUAAUAAGAAAAACUACAACAAACAUAUUAUAGAAAAGAACAAAAACAAAGCAGAAAAAAACAUCUGUGGGGUAAUGGAUGCGCCUACUUAUUCCUUGAACCAAAAAUGAAGCGUGAAGAAAAGCAUCUAUGGAAACUUUAAUUCCCUUUUCUAUGUUUCCAUUUUGGUACCUUUUGUCCUUUUUCCAGCAGCUUUUUUUCCAUGUCACCUGAACACGGAACUGUUUAUUGCCAGAAGCAGAAAUGAUGGGCCCCAGUGUGGACAAUCAACUAAUUUCUGUUUGGUGUUAAUGUUGUUCAUGUGUGGAAAGAUACAGUACUUGUGUAGAGAAUGUACUUUUACAGCUAUAUAUUUUAAAACUAGCGGCAAAUGGCAAACAUUCUUGUAAUUCACCUUUAUGUUGUUGAAACAAUGGUCUAGUUUGACCACUGACAAACAACAAAAUGGUUUUUCAACCGAUUUUCACAUUCGGAUGCUGUAAAAUUCCACAUCCAAACAGGAAACAGAAGCUGAGACUACGCUGUAAUGUCGUCCGUCAUCAUCAGCCCUCGUCUGCAUUUCCAAACUACUUACUUUGGCCCCUACUGAGCAUGCCCCAUAGCAUGCUAUCUGGCCAAUAGCACUAAGAGACAGCACUUGCUCUGAGUCUACCCUACUGAACGCACUGAUGAGAAUUUUUUUUUUUUUUUUUUUUUUUUUUGUAUUUGUUUGUUAAUUUGUUCUAUUUUCAUGAUUUUUUUGUUAUGUUCUUGGGUAGCUGCAGCUCUUAAGAAUAACCAAUCUUUGUAUUUGUUUAGAAAAUUGGACUGGUUUUUGUGAAUAAAGAGGAAUGCAUGUA